UUAAUUUUCUGUAAUUUUCAAUCUACGGAUUUUUUUGGACAAAUUUAUUGUCAAUUUAUAACAAUUAAUGUAGCUGGUACGAUAUGACAUCAUAUUUACAUUAAUGUGGUGGCGGUGGGAGGAGCAACUAGAGGAGAGCAGGAGCACUGCUACGUUGUGUUUGUGCGAAUGAAUAUAUACGUAAAUGUAUCUCAAAAGCCUGUACAUACUGUACAUGAGUAGUAGUAUAUAGCCUGUAUCGUCGUCUGUGAUCAUUUGUUCCGUUUGUGUCCCAUUAGUAGACACCACUAUCGGUUAUCUGAGACAUUUAUUUGACUGAUUUGAGAUGAUAUCUGUCAUUUGUCAAAUAGCACAUUGAAGCAUUCAAAUGUAGAGCAAUAUAAUAGUCAAAGUUUUGUGGAAGAAACAUGUUUUUAUGGAGUUGGUUCAAUGAUGAAAGGUGAAAAACGUCAAGCUAGCGUUGUUAGGGUGUGAUGGAUGUGUUAGACGGAGUGUAUAUUAUUGAUAUUGAUGACCAUAGAGAAAAAAAAGCAUCAGUGGAAUACGUUAUUUGCUAAAUUAAUAUAAAUAUAACGCAAACAAAUUUAGAAACCAAUCUAAAAACGCUGUAGAAAAUGGCCAGUGAUAUUUGGCGUAGAUAUGAGAUCAAACGAGCGUAUAACAAGCGACAAUGCCAGUGCACUGAACUCAUGCAGUUGCUGCAACCAAUCGUAUUUACUUGGUGGCUUUCAACAAUUUUACUCUCUGUUAAUGCAGCAUCUCAAGUUAGAAUUGAAACUGGCCCAUCACCAGAUUUCAGCACACAUACUCCAGUGUUAUUGCAAGUAUUUCAUGCGCGAAGUAAAAGAGAAAUUAUUGAUACAAAGAUCAAUACUUUUGAACAUGCAGAUGUCCUUACUAUUGGUUUAAAAAUUGAUGGAAUUCAACGCACCCUCGAUCUUUGGCUCAACACAGAUUUAAUUCCCGUAGGAUAUAAACAAAGAACACAAUACAAGGGGAAUUAUACAAUUGAAAUACCUCAUAGAGUUGAGAUAUGUCACUAUCAAGGAAUUAUCCGUAAUAUGAAAGAUUCUUGGGUAGCAGUUUCAACAUGCCGUGGUCUGCGAGGUGUCAUUUAUGAUGGGAAAAAUAUGCAUUACAUUCAUCCGAAUGAAGAGUCUCUUGAUAGUAUUCAUUAUCUGUAUAAAGAUAGUCAUUUAAUAUCAAAUACAAGUUGUGGUUAUAAAGGAUCCACCACCACCACAUCAUCAUCAUCAUCACACAAUACAAUAAUAUCGAACGACGGUGAAAAGUGGUGGAGGAGGAGGACGACUAGAGGAAGGAGUAAAAGAGCUGCUGAUGAAGUAAUUCGUGGUCCAUAUAAUGCAAACCGUCAGUCUCGUUAUGUUGAGCUUGUCCUCGUGAUCGAUAAAACUGAAUAUAUAGCAUUGGGUGAAAAUCUUCAUAAAGUUCAUCAUCAUUGCAAAGAUAUAGCAAAUAUAAUAAAUGCAUUGUAUACACCAUUGAAUAUAUUUGUUGCCCUAGUGGGAGUUGAAGUUUGGACCGACAGUGAUGCAAUAACAUUGUCUUCUAAGGGUGAUACAACAUUGGCAAAUUUUUUGCGUUAUCGACGGGAAAUGCUUGUCAAAGAAAUACCAAAUGAUAAUGCUCAAUUAUUGACGCGUAUUCAUUUUGAAGAUGGAGUUGUGGGCAAAGCACUGAAAGGUCCAAUCUGCACAUAUGAAUUUUCCGGUGGAGUUUCCAUGGAUCAUUCGACUGUCAUUGGUCUGGUAGCAGCAACAGUAGCACACGAAAUGGGACAUAAUUUUGGUAUGGAACAUGAUUCAGCUGACUGCACUUGUCCAGAGGAUCGUUGUAUAAUGGCAUCAUCAAGUGGAUCAACUGGGCCAAUUCAUUGGUCCUCCUGCUCGUUAGAGUAUUUAGCAUUGGCCUUUGAACAUGGAAUGGAUUAUUGUCUUCGUAAUAAGCCCAAAAAACUUUUUGACAGUCCAAUAUGUGGCAAUGGUUUUGUUGAAUCUGGGGAACAAUGUGACUGCGGUCUCAAAGAUAAUUGUGACAAUCCAUGUUGUAAUUCGUUAACCUGUAUGCUCCAUCCGAAUGCAAGUUGUGCAACUGGUGAGUGCUGUGAUUUAAAAACAUGUAAACCAAAAAAUGCCGGAACAGAGUGUAGAACGGCUGAACAUGAGUGUGAUUUGCCCGAGUAUUGUACAGGGCAGAGUGAAUAUUGUCCAAAUGAUGUAUAUAAAAUUGAUGGUGAAGUGUGUAAUAUGGGUAAAGCAUUCUGCUAUCAGGGCUCAUGUAGAACACAUAAUGAUCAAUGUAAACUUCUCUGGGGUCCAAGUGGGCAUUCAUCUGCUGCACCCUGUUAUGAAAUGAAUAACAAAGGCUCGAAACAUGGCAAUUGCGGAUAUAAUCGGCUAGAUUCAAGUUACAUAAAGUGUGAAAAUGAAAAUAUAUUAUGUGGAAUGUUGCAUUGUCAACAUUUGAAUGAAAGACUUGAAUUUGGUAUGGAAUCAGUUGCCAUUCUCAGCCAUUCUUUUUUAAAUCAUGGAGUCAAAAUGAUAGCAUGCAGAUCGGCUAUUGUCGAUCUUGGAUUAAAUGAAGUUGAUCCUGGCUUAGCACCUGAUGGUGCUAAAUGUGCACCUGGAAAAAUGUGUGUCAAUCAAAAGUGUAUGCCCAUUGCUAAUCUCAGAGCAACAAUUAAUGGAGGUUCUGCCUGUUUGAAAGAUUGUGGUGGCAAUGGUGUAUGCAAUAGUCUUGGUCACUGCCAUUGCAAUAAAGGCUUUCGUCCACCUGAUUGUUUUCAACCAGGUUUUGGUGGUUCUGACGACAGUGGUCCAGCAGAAGAUCCCAAUGCUCGAAAUGAUUUUGUUACUGCUCUCUACAUUAUCUUCUUGGGUAUUGUUCCAACUGCUGCUCUCAUUUCUCUAGCCAUCUGGUAUAAACGAAAUAAUUUCACUGGUUCAACUUGGAAAAAGGACUCAUCAAUAUCAACAAAUGAACGAGGUUUCACCAUUAGAACAAUUGAUCGGCCUAUUAUUGAAACAAUAGAUGCCAAGUUAAAUGAGGAUCCAGCAUGCACAAGUCUCUUGCCAAAAACGGAGAAUAAUGAAAGAUUCAACAAUAACAUGUUUGGACAAUUCAAGGGCUUUACACUGAGUCCUUUACCAGCUGUUAUUAAUAUGACACAAAGUUCAGCAAUAAUUUCAUCAACUUCUCCAUUAGCCACAAAGACUAGUGAAAAAAAAAAAUCAUCACUUGACAGGGAUAAUAAUACUCCUCAAAGUGCCUUGAUGUUGCAGUCUAUGAGCACAAAUAAUUUACAACUAAAUGGCGAGUCAGAAAAUGGAAAACUAUUGGAAGAACCACCAGCACUGCCACCAUUAAAUCCUGGAUGCACAGCAAAACCUUUAAUCAGUAGCCCGAUAUUGGCAGGAACAACUUGUACAUCAUUAGAACUUGUUCAAAGCAAAAUACCAUCACGCCCAGCUCCUGGAAUUCCAGCAGCAAAAGCAAUUUCUGAAGAUGUCAAGAUUAGUGGUCGCUACAAUAAUAACAGCACUAAUUCAACAUUAAUUUCACUUAAUGUUGUUGGUGAACGUAUACAAAGAAAGAUGGAAAAAGAUAAGGAGCGAGAUAGAGAAAAAUUGACAACAUUAAAUAAGAUUGCAUCUAUAUUAAAACCUGGAAACGGCCUGAAAAUUAAUGAAAAUUCUACAGUAAAAUCUCAUGAAGCAAAUACUUUGCCUCAUAAUCAACAUCAUAAAGCUAAUAAAAUUAUUGAUAAGGAAAUAUUGCGCAAGCUUGAAAUAUCAAAUCCAAUUCUUCAGAAUGAAAUAACAAUUACAGCGCCAGUCAUACCUCUUGUUUCGAAAUCAUCAUCAUCAUCAUCAUCGUCGUCGUCGUCGUCGUCGUCGUCGUCGUCGUCGUCGUCGGUAAAUGUUAAUGACAAUAAUGAUGAAAAGAAAAAUACUGUGACUAGAGCCCAAUCAAUGAAGAAUUCAAAUGUUAUGUCAAAGCCAAUGAUACAAACAUUUGGAUCCAUGCGUUACCAAAAUUCAAAAAAUUCCAGUAAAAGGCCCACAAGUAUUGCAGUUAGUAUGCGGCCAACAUUGCCACCACCCCCAGUGCCACCAAUUUUACUAUCAUCGACUACAAGUACUUUUUUAAAUGAUGAAAAUUUGAAAAUACCAGGAUUACCAGGCUAUCAAAAUCCUCCCAUCAUUAAGAUGGAUGAAAAAAAAAAACAAUUGUCCGCUGACAGCGCCUAUGACGACUGUAUGAAUUUGAUACAAGAGUCAUCGCUUAAUGGAAUUACUGAAGAAUUAUCAUUGAAUGAUAAUAUAUAUGCUGUUAUUGAAGAACCUAAUGGAAUAACAAAAACAGAUGAUGAUUGUAAAGCCGAUAAUGAAUAUAAAGUUCCAUCUAGUUCGAAAAUUAUUGAGACUGAUGGUAAAAUUAGUGACAAGUGUAGCAGUUCAGCAACAGAGAAUGAAACGAAUAUGGGUCUCUUAUCGGAAAUUGUAUCAGAAAUAUCAAAUAGAAAUUUCAAUUCAAUAUAUUCGGCAUCGUCAUCUAGAUUAGUAGGACAAAAACAAAAUAAGGAUGAAGACGAGCAGAUUAAAGGAACAUCGGGAUCCAAUAGUUCACUUGUAACUUAUACCAAUGCUAAUGACCAUAAAGCAUCAUCAGCGAGUAUAUAUUCCAAUUCGAUAUCAAGUAAAUUUAAUUCAGCUGCAUCUGAAACAAGUUCAGGAUAUCUCCUACCAUCUGCUGUAAAUGUACCAAAUAAUUCAUUAAUUAAUGCUGCCGAGAACACUAGUGUCAAUGUUGAGCCAAAUGAUAGUAUCAAUAUCAAUAAAAAACUGGCCAUUAAUUCUUCAGACUCACCUGUGGUUGAUGAUAAUAAUAUGCAACAAGUUGUUGAAAUUUCUUCAUCUACCAAAGAUAAUAAUAUUUUAAUCAAUUCACCAAAUAAACCAAUGUCCUUUUUUAAUGCAAAGCCAAGAAUUUCAAGCCGACCAGUAACACUUGACUGUCCUACUAAAAAAUUAUUGUCAGAAAAUGAUAAAACUGUGAAUGGCUCGAAUCAAAGUUGUUCAAUUAUGAAAGGAACAAGAGGAUUGACUGGAUCAUUAUCAGAGUCGUUGUCGAGCAGUACAUUUAGUGAGAAUAAAUGUUGCCAUAAGAAUUUCAAUAGUAAUCCUGCUUACAAGAGGCCAGACCUCAUUUCCAGUUGUUCUACACCUACAACACUUAAUUCAAGGACAACCCCAUCACCAGAUAUCGUAGCAGUUACGGUUAAUAAUUCUAAAAUAAUCAACACGUCUUUACAAACAGCAGCAUCAUCUAAUUCAAAUUAUCAAUUGAAUAUAACGAAAAAUGUUGACAAAUCAAUAGUUCCGAUAAAGUUGUCUGGAGGUAAAUCAAUUACCUCUCAAAUGCCAAAAACACAACUAACUUCAGUUCCAACAUCAUCAUCAUUAUCAUCAUCAUCAUCAUUAAAAAGACAAGAAAUUAAUAAUUUGAAAACCAAAUCCAAUGUAGUUCGAGAUUUGGCAUCAAGUAAAUCUACUGUUGCCUCGCUGCAAAUGAAAUUUGAACAAAAUAAGACUGCAACGACCAACCCAAAGAACAGUAUUUCCUUAAAGAAAUCAGUUUCUGGUAAAAACAUUGGUAAUUCUAUGAAUUACAGUAAAGGAAAGAAGUGAGACAAGGGAAAUGUCUAUUCAAUAUAUUCUCACAUAGACUCUAGUCUGAAUUACUAUUAACUCACUAAUAUUGUACCAUAUAAAUAUCAAAUAUAGUGCACUAUGUUUUAUUCAUCUUCUUUUUCAAUCAAUAAGACUUCAUUUUUUACUAAUAAAAAAAAAUAUCAAGAUCACUCUUAUUAUUAAUAUAUUUAAAAAGAGUCGUUUUUCAAUUUUACUUUCUUUUCCUUUGAAACGCGAAAAAAUUUUUGCUUCUAUUCUUGAGAAUUAUGUACUGAUAUAAUGUAUAUAAGCUGCGAAAUAGGAAAUACGUUGUUACACUCAUAAAUAAACAAGAAAUUGCACAACAAAUUUUCAUAAUAAUCAGUGUUACAAAAUUUUACGGAGCGAAUCCAUAGGUUUUUACCAUACAUUAAAGUAAAAAAAAAAUGCUUUUUACUGCAAGUGUAAAGCCUAUCUAUGAUAAUUUCUAUAUUGAUGAGAAAAUUUGAGGGAAAUGGACUUGGAUCUUGUUGAUUAAUGUCCAUCGUCCUUUCUUUUCUUUUCCUUUAAUAUUUAUGCAUUUCGAUGUAAUACAUGUAGAGAUGAUUCAUGACAAUUGUGGAAUAAUAAACUUUAUUAAUUUUGUA